UCAUUUGGCAAGUAACUAACUUCAACUGCCUAUAUAAACCUCUCUGAAUGGUAGAGAUUACAUAGCUCACUCCAACAAUUCAGUAGCUAGGAAUUAGCGCAUUCGGUUGGACAUCGGAUCAUUGACGAAAUGGCUUCGAUCGCAAGGAAGCAACUGUGCGCCUCGGGUCUCUUCCUUGUUGUCCUUGCAGUCCUGGCACCCGGGGUCAUGUCCCGGAAGCUCCAGGAGGCAUCGACCAUGGCAGAGAGACAUGAGCAGUGGAUGGCCCAGUAUGGGCGUGUGUACAAGGAUGACGCUGAGAGACAGAGGCGGCUUGAGAUCUUCAGCCGCAAUGUGGACUUCAUCGAGUCAUUUAAUGCUGCUGGCGAGAAGCCGUAUGUGCUCGGUGUUAAUGCCUUUGCUGACCUGACCCCGGAAGAGUUCCGUGCUUCCCGGAACGGAUACAGGCGCCGCGUUGCUAGGUCUGGAGAGGGGUCAUUCAGGUAUGAGAAUGUGACCGCAGUGCCGAAAUCCAUGGACUGGAGAAAGAAAGGAGCCGUCACGCCAGUUAAGGAUCAAGGCCAAUGUGGAAGUUGUUGGGCUUUCUCGGCGAUAGCGGCGACAGAGGGAAUCAACCAGCUCACCACUGGGAAGCUGACCUCACUGUCGGAGCAAGAGCUCGUCGACUGUGACAUAAAAGGCGAGGACCAAGGCUGCGAGGGCGGCCUCAUGGAGGAUGCCUUCGAGUUCAUCAUCCACAACAAAGGCAUCACCACAGAAGCCAACUACCCCUAUGCUGGAAGCGAUGGCACAUGCAACUCAGCCAAGGAAGCAUCCCAUGUUGUCAAGAUCAAGGGCUACGAGUCCGUCCCGGCCAACAGCGAGGCUGCCCUCCUUAAGGCAGUGGCCAACCAGCCGGUUUCCGUCUCCAUCGAUGCUGGUGAUGGAUCCUUCCAGUUCUACAGUGGCGGGGUGUUCACUGGCUCCUGUGGCACAAUGCUCGACCACGGGGUGACUGCAGUCGGGUAUGACACAACCGAGGACGGGAUGAAGUACUGGCUGGUGAAGAAUUCGUGGGGUACUAGUUGGGGAGAGGAAGGGUACGUGAGAAUGCAGAGAGACAUCGACGCCAAGGAAGGUCUUUGCGGUAUCGCGAUGGACUCAUCUUACCCUACGGCCUAGUAAAUUAAUCCGCGAACAUUGUCAUGCGAACGAGCCGAUGUUUAGUAUAUUGUGAAAUUGGUCACGCAAAUAUCAUACGUACUAUUUCCUGCUUUA